AAAAAAUUACGUAAAAUAAAAACACAAAUCCACAAUCCUUGAUUUGUUUAGGACUUCACUGGCCUCCGCUGGGUAUACGACUGCUUCGAGCGAAAUCGGAUAUGUUCAGAUUCGCAAUUAAAGCUGGACUCGGUGGUAGUGCCGUGUACUACAGCAAACAGGAAGGUAUAUGGGAUGAAAAUACCGAAAAGGUAUGCGAACGUUACUCUAGCGCCCUAAAGCCACAUCUGGAUACCGUUAAGAAACAAAUUCCGUUGGAUAUACCAGCGCUGCCUUCCAGCGGAGAGCUAUGUUUCGUGACGAAACAUUACUACAAUGAAGGCGUGAAGAGUACGUUCCACUUCAUUCAUCGACUGCCUUGCUACGCCGGACAGUUGGUGAAAAAGAGUUCGGAUGCUAUCAAACAGGCAUUAGAUGCACAGCCAGCUCAGAAAACGGAACCGGCUGCACCGGUAGUAGCAACGACAAAGAAAUAGGCCCAUGACAGGCGCCGAGCUUGUUCGUUAACUGUUGAUUACAUGAAAUAAAAAGCGGGUUGUAAUCUAACUGU